AUGUCUUCCGAAAAGAGACCCUCGCUUCUUUUCUUGACCUCUCCUGAACAUGGUCAAGCCAACUGCCAGUUCGCAGUCAUCACAUGUCUCCGCGAGCACUAUGGAGAUGAUAUUGACAUUCACCUUUGUUCCUAUCCAGAGCUCGAAAAUCGAACGCCCCCUUCAGUCACUUUUCAUAGUGUCAAAGGUGAAGGAAUCGUCAGGUACUUUGAGAAGAUCACCGGUAGUCCCAAAGCUGGUCUUCAGGAGGCAUUCAAGACGAUCUCUUCCCCUACCGGCUUCUUCCCAGCCUGUAUGGCUUACCCCCGUCUUCUCCCUCUCCUCCACCCAGAGAGCCCCGAAGUGUAUGUCGCAAGCGCAAACGAUGUCGCCAAAAUCCUCGCCGACGUCAACCCCGACUUUAUCGUCUGUGACGACCUCUUUGACCAAGCUCGAGAUGCCAUCAUCAACUCCGGCCGCAAGUUCAUCUUGAUCAGCCCCAACACCAUCAAGGAGGUAGCCGGGAAGAACCAAGGGCUCGUUAGACUCUGGAAAUGGCCAGCACUCGUGUCCGGCUACGCCUAUCUCGUCCCCUGGCACCUGAUCCCGCUCAACAUCGUCGCCUCCAUCUUCCCUCUCUUUUACUUUCGCCGCUACGAACGUUUCCUCACCCUCAUCCGCACCCGCCACGCCGCCGGCUACCCAGACCUCCUCCCCAAAUGGCAGGCCCAUCAAACCAAAUACUCCAAGAUCAUGUGCAUGUCCACCCCAGAAGCCGAGAUCCCCGCUGUCUACCCUCCUGGCGUCAUCUGCUGCGGACCCAUCUUGCAGCAUAGCAAGCCUCUGCAAGAGGUCGAUGAAAAGAUGUACGAAUGGGUCAUGGCAAAGCCCACGGUGCUGAUCGUGCUGGGCUCGCACUUUGUCACGUCGGAAGAGUAUGCAAACAAGGUGAUGGCGGCGUUGAAUGUGUUGCUCGAUGCGAGGCCGGAUAUCCAGGUUUUGUGGAAGGUGAGGAAGGAUUGCGAGUUUGAGAUUGCUGGGUGGAAGGAGAAGGAGGAUAGGGUCAAGGUGGUUCAGUGGCUCGAGGCGGAUCCCAUUGCGAUCCUCGAGACUGGCAACAUUGCUUGCUUCGUGAAUCACGGAGGGUCGAACUCUUACCAUGAAGCCUUACAGACGGGUACCCCACAGAUUAUCCUCGCGGCCUGGGUAGAUUGCUACGACUUUGCCGCUCGUCUCGAGUAUCUCGGCAAUGGUGCUUGGGGUAACAAAGGCUCUGCGCCCGGAUGCGACACCAAAACCCUCACCAAAGCCCUCCUCAAAGUCGUCGGUGCCACCCCCGAUGCAGCCGAGGCUACCAAGAUCUGGGAAAGGGCCGCCGAGCUCAAGGAGAUCGUCACGGAUGGCGGGAGGAGGAUUGGGAGGGAGGUGGCUGCUGGGUAUGUUUGGGAGGGGCUGCAGGAGGCGUUGAGGACGUAUCACGAUUGA